AUGUCGAGUUUUGAACUCUUCUCCUCCAGGAAGCCUUCCUGGAUCGGCGGCAGAGUGCCUGGGCGCCUAGGAGCCCAGGGGUGGGAGGUGGAGCUCCCUCAAGCCGGCCAGGACUCCGGGCGGGCCGGCGCUAUGGCCACCAAGUUGUAUAACGGGGCGCCCUUCGGGGUGCAGAGCGCCAGGUUUGAUGUCUCUGCUGUUUAUCCCAACCAGAAGAAGCUUAGCACCUUCACGGAGGCCCCAUACUCCAGGCAUUAUUCUGUGGAAGUGUCCCACAUAGGACCUGGAACCUAUAGCUCCAAGGAGACCUGCUUUAGCAAGAAGAAGCUGAACAAGGAGGUGAGCACAGGCUGGGCCAAGGCCCAGGAAGCCACCCGGCUGACCCAGCUGCCCCACUUCCAGUACCAGGCCAUCAUGAGAGAGAAACGGCUGCAGGAGGAAAAGCUGGGGCCCGGCUCCUACAACUUCAAAGACUUCUUGGAACAGCUGCAGCAGAAGCCAAGCAGCAACCGGGGGCUGCUCAGCUCUGGGGAGGUUCGCUUUCGAGGACUCAUCGGGAACUACUAUCCAGGUCCUGGAAAUUAUGGAGAGAAGGGCAACCCAUACACGAAGCUGGAGGAGAAUGCAUGGAACCGGUCCCACUCUGAGGGCCUCAUGCGCAGGAUGACCAACAAGCCACCCCCCUUGGCUCAUCAGGGAAGUGGUCUGGGACCAGGGACCUACUUCUUGAAAAGUGGCAUUGAGACAUACCUGGCACGAACAGUCGGUACCCGCGGUCCUUAUGAUAUUUUCUCUGGUGACCGAACCAAGCCCCAGCCUUACGGACAUUACUCUGUGCAGAAAAUAAAGCCCAGAGAGCUGAUGAGUUUCAAGAGCUUCGUGGAAGAACUGAACUCACGUCACAAUAAGAAACGUGGGGUGUUUUCGAAGCUUUCCCGCAACCCAAAAACUCCUUCAGAGAGGAUUUACUGGACCACCCUUAGCCAGUGCCCCCGAAAGUUGGCCACGUCUGGUCCUGGUACAUGGGUUGAGCACAAGGUGGAGCGUAAGCACGUCAACCGGCCACCGUUCCUGAUGUCCUCGAAAAGGAUUGGCAUAAAAGCCUACCAGAUGCUUUUGGGAAGCUGGAACCCCGUAGGUGUGGGCCGCUACCUCAACACCUGGCUGAUGGAGACAAAGGACACACGGCAGCGAUACAGGUCUCUAUACCUGGGCAAAUCUAAGCGCUACCCCUCGGACCCAGCCUGGGACAUGCUUCUGCAGCAAAGGAUCACACCUUUAACUAAGGGGAAGUGCCCUCCAACUGUGGAUUACAAUUCAGACCCUACUCCUUAA